AUGGCUGCCUCAUAUUCUGCUUCGUUGUUCGAAGCCGCAAAAGGUUUUGAGUCCGGGAAGUUUCGGUCCAGAAUUUCGAAGCUCUCAAGUAAUAAGGCGGUUUUCGGAUGUUGGAAGAUCGCUUUCAAUAUACUGCAGUUUGCUUCGGAGGAGGAACUGUCGAUUGAGAAUUACACUGAACGAGGUGUCAUUAGUGUCACAGAAGAGGUGGUGUCGUUUGCUAGGGAUGUUGCUAUCAUGCUAUGCAUCCUGAGACUUGGAUUGAUUUCCCUUUGCCUGAGGAUGACGAGGAUGAAGAUGAAUUGUGCAUCUCAAAUUCCUAAACAUCAUUAUAUCAUGUCUCUGAACAACACUCUGAAGCUCAAUAUCAGUUAAAGCUCUAUUGUGAAGCUGGUGACAUAAACACGAUUCAGCUGCAAUAGAUUAUCAGAUGAAGGUUAAAGGCGGAAUAUUUGAAGUUAUUACUUUGGUUUGCUGUUGGAAUUGGGACUGCAAAACUAAUUUGCGUUCUACUGGUGUGGUUGUUUCUAUUUAAGGGUGGAAAUGGCUCAAGCAAGGUAACCAAGAAUGUGAUGCAUUGUAGUACAAGAGUGAUUGUAAAUGUUCAUUGCAAGGGUAUUAUUACCGGCUUACUUUGAAUUUUCAAGAGCUUUUAUAGACUUUCAAAUGUAAUGGCAAUGGCAAUAUAAUCAGAGUUUUUGUAAAGCUACUCUGCAAAUUAAUCGGCUUUUUAUGGAAUAUAAUUCCUAUUUAUUGCUGGAAA